AUGAGACAAUUUAAUCUUACAAUUUCUAUAGGUGAUGUAAAUGAUAACCCACCAAAAUUCAAAUCAUCUACAUUUGCUCCAAAAAUAGGUCAUUAUAAAAUUUUAUUAAGUGAAGCUGAGCCGGUUAAUCAAUUAUUACUAAUUGUAACAGCUGAAGAUUUAGAUAGUGGAGAAAAUGGACGAGUAACUUAUAGUCUAAUGGAAAUGGAUCAUAAUACAGAAGUACCUACUGUUAAUGCUUUACAAUACUUUAAAAUUGACAGUCAAACUGGUAGUAUAUUUCUAAUUAAACAGUUAGACUAUGAACAAAAUGACUUACUACGUUUUAAAGUAUUAGCAGAAGAUAAUCCUAGACCGGCAGAUGGUAUACGUUUGAGUUCUGUGGCUACAGUUAUUGUACAAAUAUUAGACGUUAAUGAUAAUGGACCAAAACUAAUUAGUUCAGACACUUUAAGUAUAACUGAACAUUCACCAGUUGGACCUGGUGGUCAAAUAGCACAUAUCACUUUGAUUAACUCAUUCUCACUAACUAAAACAGAUGACAAACAUUCAAUACAGAAUAAAUGUAAUAUUUUCAAUGAAGGUGUUCAUUAUUUUAAAUUAACUGAUAAUGGCCAUUUAUUAUCGAUACAAUCGAUUGAUCGUGAAGAAUGUUCAAUAAUAUAUUUACCUAUUUAUGCAAUUGAUCGUGGUCUACCGAAUCCAAUAACAAGCACUACAACAUUAACAAUACAUAUACUUGAUAUCAAUGAUAACAUUCCAAUAAUUGAAAAACCAAAAUUAGGUGAAACAUUAAUUUAUCAACCAAUAAAGUUAAUCGAUUGGAAUAGUUUAUCAUUUUAUCAGUUAACAAAUAAACAUGAUAAAAUUUUAAAUUAUAAACUACUGAAUAACACAUAUUUAAAACAAAAUAUUAAUAAUAAAAUGUCAAGAAAGUAUAUUUAUAGUAGAGUGGCAUUUCAAUUACAAGCGAAUGAUUUAGAUGCUGGUGAAAAUGGACGUAUUACAUAUCAACAAAAUACUAGUUGUAAUGGUUCAAAAUAUUUUCAUUUAGAUGAAUUCUCUGGAGAAUUUCGUGCACGCUUUAUUGAUUAUCAGAAAUUAUCAACUCCUGAAUUAAUUGAAUCAGAUGCUAGACGUGGAAUUUAUCAUCUAUGUGUACAGCUGACUGAUAAUGGUAAGCCAUCAUUACAAACAACCACUUGGUUUUAUGUUAAAGUUAUUGAUCCAAUCAUGCCACCUAGUGUACACAAUAUAUGGCCAGCUGAUUCAGCAAAUGAUAUGGAUUCAUUAUUUUUAAAUUUUUAUAAUACAUCAAAUUCUCUAUGGUCUACAGAUUAUUUUGAUACAUCAAAAUCGGAUGCAGUACGUCUACCUAUUGAUAUGAAUAUCAGUAAUAUUGUAAUUUCUUUGUUGUUGGCCAUUUUUGCCAUUACUAUUAUUUGUACAUUGACAGCUGCAAUCUUAUGGGCACGUACUAAACGACGAUUUAAAAGAGCACAUGGGAAAAUUGUAAAAUCUAACUGUACAAAUAACACUGUUAGUAAUGAUAAUAAUCAAAAUACAAAUAACACUACUAAAUCUAAAUUAUCAAACAAAAGUAAUAAACAAGAAAACAAUAAAACUAUAAAACUCUCUCAAAUAAGUUCAAAAUUCAAGCAUAAAAAACUAUAUCAUCAUACUGACACUGGUAGCACAAUUAAACAAAUUCAUAAUAAAAAUAAUUAUUAUGGUAGUUGUAGUAGUAUAUCCAGCAAUGAUAAUAGUAAUGAUACAUCUUGUAACGUGAAAGUUGACAAUCUGUGCAAACAAUUAACAACUAAUACUGAAACUGUAAAUACUACUAAUAAUAAUAAUGUUAUUAGUAGUCAUAACUAUGACAAUAAUAAAACUAAUAGUCAAACUGUUGUAUCUUGUAUAAAAUCUCCAAUAUUAUAUGCAUCAGUGAGACAUAAAAAUGAAUUUGAAAAGGAUACAUCUAAAAAACGAUUUUCUACAGGUUUAUUUCAUAGAAAUAAACUAACAAAUAUAAAUAGUGAUAAUAAUUAUGUAGCAUUAAAUAAAAUUCAUUAUACUUCAGCAUAUUCUGAAAAACCUCAACAUUUACCACAAGAACAUAAACAAGUUAGAGAAAAUAAUAUUCAUAUUGAUUCUGACAAUUCAUAUCUUUUACCCUGUGAUCUUAUUUCAAUAUGUCCUAAACAUAAUUUCACUGAUAGUGAUGAUAAUAAUAAUAAUCAUAAUAAUAAUAUUGAAAAUAAUAAUAACAAUAAAAAUAGUUUUUAUACUAGUGAUACCAGUGAGACACCACCAACUUGUUGUUCAUUAAUUACUGUACAAUCAACAAGUCCACAAUUGAAAUAUUCAAAAAAUGAUAUUUUUCAUCAUUUUCAUUAUGGACAAGAAACACUAUCAAGUCAACAACAUGAUCAAUUAUAUUCAUUGCCAUGUGCAACCCAUUUUGUAACAAUAGAUCCUGAUAAUAUUGAACUUAGAUCAGUCAAUACUAUAAAUUCAAUAAAUGAAAAGAAAUUGAAUUAUCCAACUAAUCUACUUUCAGAAAGUAUGAUGACAUGUUGUUCAACAAUUCCCAUUGUCAGCACGUUAUCCAGAGGAUGUCCAACUCAUGGUCCACACUUAAUUUUACAUCAUGAUGAACACAGUAACUUUUCAUCGCCAACAAGAAUUUACGCUGUCAGCUCGGUAUUAGAAUCAUUUGGUAGUUUUACAACGACAAUAACAACAUCACCUACUUCAACUACUACAAAAAUACUAACUGAUCAAACACAAACUGCAUAUGAAUUAAGAUUAGAACCAAUUUUAUCUGAUGUUACAUUAACAUCAACAACAUCGACCACAGAUGAUGAUGGUCUCGAUGUUGAAAACGGUGAUAAUGAACAUCGAAUAGAUAAUACAGGAACAAUCUCAUGGAUUCCUGUUUCAAUACUUACUGAAAAUUUUACUACACCUAUUCAUCACUCAGACUUUAUUUGUAAUGAGAAUAAAUGA